AUGGCCUCAGCGUGGAUUGUGCUUGGUCUGUUCCUGAACUACCUUCUUGUCAUCUUCAUCCUCACUGUCAACAUCAUCGUCGUCGUCGUACUCGUGCAAAACGCAUCACUACACUCCCCAACAAACGUCAUAAUUGGAACACUGGCGGUGGCGGAUUUAGGGUACGGUCUAAACCGAACAGUCUUGAUUCUAUUAGAGUACAAAACCUUCAGGAGCUACUGGACAUGUCUUGUUUCUUACUGCAUCGCCAUCUUCCUUGGGUCUGUAUCCAUGCACAUGCUUGUGAUCGUCAGCAUCGACCGCUACGUCCUCAUCACCCGUCCUCUCCACUACUACAACAUCAUCAACAACACACGGAUCAGCAUCGCCAUCUCCUGUAGCGUGGUACAUCGUGUAGAUGCUGAAACAGGCAACAGUGGCACCAACCAGCUGGCAGCUCAUCUCAAAGCCGCAAAACUGUUCGCUACUCUGUGUGGCUACUUCCUGUUGUCUUGGGGGCCCUUCUUCGCCGUCAAGUAUAUAUCGCUGAUCCGGGGCAGGAAGCCUCUCAGGGAUGAGCUCAACCACGUGACAAUGUUUUUGGCAGUGGGCAAUUCGCUAGGCAACCCACUAAUUUAUGCAUUCCGAUCGGUCGAUGUAAAACAUAAGCUUCAAAGGAUGUUCACCUCCACAUUCAAUCGUUCAAAACCGACAGAAGAAAACCAGGCUGUUCCAACUAUUCGUGUAUCAACUGAAGAUGUGGAGUAA